CUCACAGUUUUCUCCAGUUGGUAGAGCAUCCUAAGACCAAUAAAGCAACAAUUUUUGGAUUCUUUGUCUCUCUCAUAAAAGCUGUUAAACACCUAGACUCUCUCUGAAACGCUUUUCUCUUGUGGGUUUCUCUGCAAAACGUUUUUCUCUAAGCAAAACUCAGAGUCUUUUCCAUUAUGAGAAAAGAGAGGGAAAACUAUUUAUGACCCGAGAGUGAGCUAGUUUUUGAUAAAUAUUUUUUCUUUUGUGUGUGUGUGUGUGUGUGAGGGUUUUUUUUUUUUUUAAUUUGUCGAUCUUGGUUUUUAAGAUCUGUUUUGUUGACAAUGAAGUCGUCAACUCGGCUUGAGUCAGCUGUGUUUCAGCUCACUCCAACCCGGACAAGGUGUGAUUUGGUGAUAUCUGCCAAUGGAAAGACGGAGAAAAUAGCUUCUGGAUUGCUGAAUCCAUUUCUUGCCCACUUAAAGACUGCUCAGGAACAGAUGGCUAAAGGGGGUUAUUCGAUUGUGCUUCAGCCAGAGUCUGGCAGUGAUGCAACAUGGUUCACAAAGGGAACCAUUGAAAGGUUUGUUCGCUUUGUGAACACUCCAGAGAUCUUGGAGAGAGUUUAUACAAUAGAAUCUGAGAUCUUGCAAAUUGAGGAGGCAAUCUUGAUUCAAAGCAACAACGAGAUAGGGUUGAGUACCGUAGAAGAAAUUCCAGCAAAGCCUAUGGAAAGCAUUAAAGGUAGCCGCCCUUUGCCGGACUCUAAUGAGGAGAAAGCCAUUGUUCUCUAUGAGCCUGGAGAACGUCCUCCUGAAGCAAAUGGAUCUGCCACACAGAAGGGAAAUUCAAGAGUCCAGCUAUUGAAAAUCCUAGAGACACGGACAACUGCAUUACAGAAGGAGCAAGGCAUGGCCUUUGCGCGUGCUGUUGCUGCAGGUUUUGACGUUGAUCACAUGGUGCCUCUGAUGUCGUUUUCUGAAAGCUUUGGGGCCUCACGAUUGAAGGAUGCUUGCAUGAGAUUUAGGGAAUUAUGGAAAAGAAAGCAUGAGACUGGUCAGUGGGUUGAAAUUGGAGAAGCCGAGGCUAUGCCUAACCAAUCAGAUUUUUCUACUAUGAAUGCAUCGGGCAUUAUGCUUUCUAAUGCGCUCAAUCAGCAGAAAGAAUUUAGUGAAACUUCUGAAAAUGAUGGCAGAGCAAGCAUUGGUGCAAAUGCAGAUGAGAAGCUUCCAAUGGAUCACCAAUCACCCAUCACUCAAGAACAUUUUCAAGGGCAGUAUCCACACCAUAUGUUCCCUCCCUGGCCGAUUCAUUCACCGCCUGGUGCACUACCAGUUUUUCAAGGGUAUCCCAUUCCAGGCAUGCCUUACUAUCAUAAUUAUCCAGCAAAUAGCCCAUAUUUUCAGCCACCUUAUCCUUCAGCUGAGGAUCCUAGACAUAAUGCUGGAAAAAGAAUGGGACAGAGAAGGAAUUCCAUGGAUGGUAGAGACAUUGGUACUGAAUCUGAAACCUGGGAGACAGAUGGCCCUAAAGCGAUUUCUCAGGAUGACGCAGAACCCGAGAAACAAACUUCUAGAAUCCGAUCUGGUAGAAAGCAAUCUGGUGUAGUUAUCAUUCGGAACAUUAAUUAUGUUACUUCAAAGGGGCAAGAUGCUUCGGAUAGUGAAACAGAAUCAGCUUCAUACUGUGAAACUGAUGAUGAAGAUGGAGAUAUAGGAGGCACUGCCCAAGAGACAAAGCACAAAAGCAGUUUGAGAUCUUCAAAAAGAAAAGAGGGUCAUUUAUCAUCUAUGGAUGUGGACAUGCGAGGGACUGUUAAUGGGAAGGAUGAAGAGCGUGGACCGUGGCAAGCAUUUCAAAACUUUCUACUGAGAGAUGCUGAUGAAGAGGAACGUGGUGUUGACCGAGAAAUGUUUGCAAUGGAAAAGGGGGUUCGAGCAAGACAGCAACAGAGUACAGCUGGUGACGAUCCUUUAGCUUCAUGUGGUCGAGAUAUGGGUGGGUAUCACCAAGGGAAUAUUACAGAUAUGCAUAAAAUUAGUGGAAAUAUAGCUCGCAGGCCUAAGGGAUCAAGAGAUGAAUUAUUGAACUCUGGAAGAGUGGAUCAAUCUGGUGAUGGUAGAAGGUUCAGAGAUGGUCAAAUGGAUUUACAAUCCACAGAAAUGAAUGGCGGAAGGGGUGGAUAUAGGAGGACCACAAAUGAAGAUUUGUUUAUUCAUAGACGGGAAAAUCAAUCAGGUUUUUUGAAUUCUCCAACAGAUCCACUGACUGUUAAUGGAUUUGAGCAAGCAACUAAUGAUUUGGAUAGAAGGUCAUCACAUAACAUGGGUGAUGAUUCCUACAUAGUACCAUUGAGGUCAGCUACACAAGAUCAAGUUGGAAGUGAUGGAAGAAAUGCUAUUGACAUGGCUUCUGAGUUUCCAUCAUCACAUCAGAUGACACAGAGCAAGUCUAAUAGUGUUGGAAACCUAGUCAGUUAUGAACCGGAUGAAUUAAGUUUGAUGCCUGAGCGUGGAGGGGAAAAGGGAUUGUCUGGUUUUGAUCCUGCCUUGGAUUAUGAAUUGCAAGCUAAUGUUCAAGAUGGUGCUUCACUGAAUAAGAAAAAUAAGGAGGCUGUGACUGAUGCCAAGCAAGGGUCCAAGAAGUUAGUCAAGGACCGGAGAACAAAACUUAUGGAUUCUUCAGAUAAGAAGAGUGUGGGACCAAUAAGGAAAGGAAAGCCUUCAAAGUUGAGUCCUCUGGAUGAAGCAAGAGCCCGUGCUGAGAAACUAAGAACCUAUAAAGCUGAUCUGCAGAAAAUGAAGAAACAGAAGGAAGAGGAAGAGUUAAAACGACUGGAAGCUUUGAAGAUAGAGAGGCAAAAGAGAAUUGCUGCUAGAGGCAGUUCAAUUCCUGCUCAAUCACCUUUGCUCUCACAGCAAACCCGAAAACAGUUACCUGCAAAACUUUCUCCUAGUGCUUCUAAAGGUUCAAAGUUCAGUGAUUCAGAGCCCGGAACAUCAUCGCCUUUACAGAGGUUCUCUGUCAGAACUGCUUCUUUAGGAUCCAGUGAUUCGCUUAAAGCCUCUAAACCUAGCAAAUUGAAUAAAGGAAGCCACCCUGGUGGAAAUAGGUUAACCCGUUCAGUGUCAACAUUGCCUGAGCCAAAGAAAGGAAAUAGUGCUGUAACACCUGAUACCAAGGUAUCCAUGGCCAGGAUUAGAAGAUUAUCUGAGCCAAAAAUAAUUAGCAGUCCAUAUGUUUCUUCAGUGAAGCCACGAAGCGCUGAACCAUCAUCAAAGCCAAAAUCAUUUAACGGGCCUGAGAGUAAGAAAAUAUCGGCAAUUGUGGACUAUGAUAAAACCAAAGCUGCUUCUCUUCCAGAACUAAAAGUUAGAAAAUCUAAAGAAACUGAUGUUACUCAUGGCAAAUCAGCAGCAAAAGAAUCAACACAGAAGGUCAAUGGAACUAAAUCUUCUACCACUUCUGAAGGCAUUGAAAUGAAGAGGAAUAAGGACAAAAAAUCACAUCAUAGUGAUGGGGAUGACAAUGUGGUUAUUGAGAAGACUGUUGUGAUGCUUGAAUGUGAGAAACCGUCUGCUGCUGUGCAAAAGAGAAAAGAAAUUGUGGAAUUUAAGAAGGGACAUUCUGAUGGUGACAAAGUAGUUGAGAAAACCAAGGCAGUGUCAGAUUAUGUUGCUAUUCAUGCGCCAUUGUCACCACUAACCAUUGAUGGAGCUGAUAAAGAACCCAUGGAACACCAAUCACAGGAAAAGCCCUCUUCAUAUGAGGUGAUGACAGGAAACUCUGGCAAUUCAGAGAAGGAAUCACCAAAAUUUUCAGGCAUCAAUGAUAGUGAAAAACCAUAUAAAGCCCCAUUUGCUCGGGUCUCUUCUAUGGAAGACCCUUGUACUACUAAUUCAGAGUACGGAAGAGCACCCGCCACGAAUAUACAGAUUGUGGCAACAGGGACAGAGACUGUUAAAGCUCAUGUUUCUGAUUCUAAAAGUUUGAAACUAGAAAAGAUUCCGGAAGCGUUGGAUAAACCUCUGAUAAAAGAAUCAUCAAAAGGUUUUAGACGGCUGUUGAAGUUUGGGAAAAAGAAUCAUAGCUCAGCUACAAGCGACCGUAAUAGUGAAUCUGACAAUUUUAGUGUCUAUGGUUCUGAGGCAGAUGAUGUUGGCACAAAUUUGGCUUUCUCUAGUGAAGUUCAUACAUUGAAAACUCUGAUCUCUCAAGACGAAACCCCUAUUCCUGCUGCUACUCCACAAAAGCCUUCCCGAACUUUCUCUUUGUUGUCUCCCUUCCGGAGCAAGAAUAGUGAAAAGAAGCUGACAACUUAACAUUACAGAUGCUACUGGAGCUGUGAGUGAGGAAGCUGCAAAUUGGUUCAAAUGUGCCAUUUGGCUGUGCAUAGUUACAGAUUUUGUGCUUUAGUUAGUUUCCAGACUUACAAUGUGCAGGGGAGAAAAAUAUAUAUUUGAAUGUAUUACAAUGUAAGUAAUAAAAAUUGGUGUUUGUACAUUAGCAAUAAUUUAUUCUGUAGUAUUGUUGGUGAAUCA